CGCGGUCUAACCGGGAUUAAACUGCCGUGCAACCUUCCAGAGCCCCUUUUCGGGAUGUGGACCAGGCUGCAGAGCCCUCAAAGAUAUUGGUAGCAAGCCAAUGGGCAUGGUUCCGUGUCGCAAUUGUACCCUCUCCUCCUAAAGACUACAAAUAAUCUGAGUUAUCAGGAUCUUGUAGUAGUAUACAUAAGCUAUCGUCGACGAUGACGACACAGAGUGGUGUUAGCUUCAGCGACACAUCAGUGACUCACAGCGAUCGGUCUGUGGAUCCCAACGCAGUCAUCUCUCAGACAAAGAAAGCGUCUCCCAACAAUUCUACCUCCUUCCGUUCCUCGGUCCUUCGCUCCAACCUCACGAGAGAUCACAAGAAUCGAGAUCCCCUGUUCUACUAUGAAGUACAGAAGGUCCUUGGUGUUGGUUCCAUGGGAUCCGUCGUUAAGGUUCGAAAACGUGACGAAGUGGUGGGAGGGUCGGCACGGAAAUCUCUUCAAGGAACUUUCCGGAGAGAAAAACUAAUGCAAGAUUGUGUCAACGUGCCCGUCGUUGGAUGGAUUGCCAAGCACUGUCUGUGGAAUCCGCUGGGGAAUCAUGAGCAACAAUUGAACAAUUCAUCGUCUACCAGCUCUGUGAGGAACCUACUUUCUUUGGGUAGCAAGUCGAGCCCCUUCAAACCCGUAGGUGGCAGCAAUGAAAGCGGCGAUUCCUUGGAGACACCCAAGAAGGAAAAGUAUGAGAUGAAUUACGCCAUGAAAUCCAUUCAUUUGAGCAGAGUUACAGACCAAACUUUUGUGGAAGAAUUGCGGAAUGAAGUGUCAGUCUUGAAGGCGUUGGAUCAUCCCCAUAUUGUUCGUUGCAUUGAGACCUUUGAACACAGACAUCAAAUCUUUAUCAUCAUGGAGUCAUGUAGUGGAGGCGAUCUUUACUCUCGCGACCCGUACACCGAAGAUGAGGCUGCAAGGAUCAUCAGCUCAAUCCUCAGUGCAAUCAGUUACAUGCACCAGAGACAAAUCAUUCAUCGAGACUUAAAAUAUGAGAAUGUCUUGUUUGUGAAUGACUCGGCGCAGGCAGAGAUCAAGUUGAUUGACUUUGGACUUAGCAAGAGGUAUGGAAAGGAUGAAGAGCUCAUGGAAGGUGUCGGUACGAUCUACACAAUGGCACCUGAAGUGCUCAAGGGCAACUACACGGAGGCUGCUGACUUGUGGUCUGUGGGUGUACUUGCAUACAUGCUCUUGAGUUCCCAAAUGCCCUUCUUUGGCAAGAAGAGACGCCACAUCGUUGAGUUGAUCAUGAACUGUCGUUACAAUUUCAAAGGAAGACGCUGGAAACGUGUCUCAAAGCAAGCCAAAGCUUUUGUGGAGGAUCUCUUGGUGUUGGAUUGUGAUGACCGUGCGACUGCCGACUGUGCGUACCGAUCGACCUGGCUGAACAGACGACAAAUGGAAACCGUUCGAAAUCCCCACGAAGAAGAAAAUGAAAAGGCGCAACAAUCGUUGUUGAAGUAUGCUGGGUAUUCGAAACUGAAAAAAGUGGCCAUGAUGGUCGUGGCCCAUAAGUCCAACACUGAAGAAAUUGGGAUACUGAGAAAGAUCUUCUCCAAGUACGAUACCAACAAGAGCGGUGACAUCACAUACCAAGAGUUUGUCGAUGCCUUGUCAUCGUCAGGUUACACAGAAGAGCAACUGAAACCUAUCUUUGAGGCAGUGGAUAUCGAUGGUUCGGGCCACAUUCGGUACACCGAAUUCCUUGCUGCAACGUUGGAGUUGCAUGGAGCAAUUCGCGAGGAGCUCCUAGCAGAAGCUUUUGACAGGUUGGAUUGCGACGACAGCGGGUACAUAUCAGCUGCCAAUCUCAAGGAGAUUUUGGGAGAUGGGUUUGAAUCGAAUGAAAUCGAUGAUAUCAUCAAGGAAGCUACCGGCGGGAAGCAUGACAAGAUCUCCUACUCGGAGUUUUUGAAGCUAUGGGAAGAGAAGAAAGAGAACGAGCGCGAACAAAUGAUCCAAGAACUGACUGACAUGGAAGCUGAGAACAAAUCCGUCUCCUCUCUAGAUUUUGAAGACGAGGCCGAAGCUAGGGCCGAGUUCCUUGGAAAGAAAAUCUCCUCAUCGGCAAAGCUUGUCAUGUCUGAGACCCCUUCGCGAGUCGGCUCUGGCGGGUCAAAGCAUGUUGGUUUCGAAGAAGGAGUGGUUCUCAUUCCGACUCAAGAAGCAGAUAUUUAGAAAUGGUUGUUCAGUUUAGUAUCGUCUAUUGUCGAUGGAUUGGUGAAUGUCAAUGGGACAUUUUGAAAUUGUUUUGUUUGUACAGCGUUCGGUACCACUAACAUGUUAUCUAGUCGCCCGUUGGCCCACUUUUUG